UCCCGUCCCGCUCGCUGCUCCCAAGGCGGCGAACGCGCACAGAGCCCGGUGUGCGCCUCCCAUCCGCCGGGAGCCAACCGGGGCUGCGGAGCGCGGGGAGGGGGCACGGAGCGGGCGGCUCUGCCGCGUUGUGCUGCAUCACCGGGCGGCCCCUGGCGUGAGGCGGCGGGCGGGCGGUGAAGCUCGCUGCGCCUUCCAGGGGAGCGCGGGCACGGCGGAGGGCAGGGAGCCGGAGCUGCCCGGGCGGUGAUCUGCAGCCAUGAGCAGCAACGAAUGCUUCAAGUGUGGACGCACUGGCCACUGGGCUCGGGAGUGCCCGACUGGAAUUGGCCGUGGUCGUGGGAUGAGAAGCCGCGGCAGAGCAGGCUUCCAGUUCAUGUCUUCAUCUCUCCCGGAUAUCUGUUACCGCUGUGGUGAGUCUGGCCAUCUUGCCAAGGACUGUGACCUUCAGGAGGAUGAAGCCUGCUAUAACUGCGGUAGAGGUGGCCACAUUGCGAAGGACUGCAAGGAGCCCAAGAGGGAGAGGGAGCAGUGCUGCUACAACUGCGGCAAACCCGGCCACCUGGCUCGGGACUGCGACCACGCAGACGAGCAGAAGUGCUAUUCUUGUGGAGAGUUUGGACACAUUCAAAAAGACUGCACCAAAGUGAAAUGCUAUAGGUGUGGUGAAACUGGCCAUGUAGCCAUCAACUGCAGCAAGACCAGUGAAGUCAACUGCUACCGCUGCGGCGAGUCAGGGCACCUUGCACGGGAAUGCACAAUUGAAGCUACAGCCUAAUUAUUUUCCUUUGUCGCCCCUCCUUUUUCGAUUGAUGGUUGUAUUAUUUUUCUCUGAAUCCUCUUCACUGGCCAAAGGUUGGCAGAUAGAGGCUACUCCCAGGCCAGUGAGCUUUACUUGCCGUGUAAAAGGAGGAAAGGGGUGGAAAAAUCAACUUUCUGCAUUUAACUACAAAAAAUGUUUAUGUUUAGUUUGGUAGAGGUGUUAUGUAUAAUGCUUUGUUAAAGAACCCCCUUUCCGUGCCACUGGUGAAUAGGGAUUGAGUGGGAAGAGUUGAGUCAGACCAGCAAAAACCCUCUCUGGGUUACAGGGAAGUGAUCCUAUGCAGGAGGAAAGAAAUUCUGGAAGUGUCGAAACUUCCUCAUAACUUUAAUUUUAUCACAAUGGCCUUGGAUUGUCUGACCUCAGUAGCUGUUAACACCAAGUAAUAUCUGUAUCAGGCCCUAGCUAGAGCAUAUAGCUGAGUGGGAGUAAACAAACACGAUGCACAUGCCUGUUAAUGGCCAUGAGAGAGAGAGAGAAAUCGGGAAUAACCUUAAAAGUAACAGUAAUUCAGUCAACGAAUGUUCACGUUGGAGAUACAGAACGCAAUGGGAAGCUUUUGAAUAAAUAUUUCAAAGUAAAUCUGAAACCCAGACAUCAGUGCUCAUAGCGUAUACAAUUUGGAGCUAUUCAGGAGUUGCAAAUAAAUGCAUUUUCACAGAAAUCAAGAUGUUAUUUUUGUAUACUAUAUCACUUAGACAACUGAGUUUCAUUUGCUUGUAAUCAGUUUUUAAAGUAAGAUGGUAAAAGCAAUUGAAGUCCUAGAACAUAGAAAAUGUAAUUUUAAACUAUCAAUAAAGCUGGAGGAGGAAGGGGAGUCUGGCUAAAGUUCCUUUUGUUUAGUUUUGGUUCUCAUGUACACAGUGCAAAGUAACACAUUAAAAAGGGGUAUGUGGAGGUGUAAAAAA